AUGUCGCUCUCCCUCGCGUGGGCCGCCGCGCUCGGCUACUCGGCCGCGCACUGGUGGCCGGGCCUGCCGCUGCGGCCGACCCUCGUCGCCCUCGCCGUGCUCUCCGCCUCUCGACUCGCCGCGGACGUCGCGGCGAUGUGGCGCUCUCCGCUCGACGCGGUCGAGCGCCCGCUCAACGCUACGCGGCGCACGCGGUGGCGAAACCUGGGCCUCUGGCCGCCGGACGGCUCGGGAGGCUACGCCGCCGCGUGCUCCGCGAUGGCCGAGCGGGUGGGCGAUAUGGCCGGGGUCGGCGCGAGCACGCGCGCCGUGCUCGACGUCGGCUGCGGCGCCGGGGAGUCGCUUCGGAUCUGGUCGGCCCGUGGCGCCGCGCUCGUCGUCGGCGUGGACGCGGCGCCGCCCGUCGACUGCAGCUCCGCGGUCGAGAUCGGCCUCGCCGACGUGCUCGGCUCCUCCGUCGACGCCGGAGGGGACGUGCGUCGCGCCUCUCGCGGCUUGGCGCGGCGGGCCAUCGCGGCGCUGAUGCGGGUGCCGGCCGCCAACUUAUGCGACGCCGCCCAGUACGAGGCGAUGCUGGCGAGCGCGGGCUUCGUCGACGUCACCGUCGAGCCGGCGACUGAGCGCGUGGUGGGCGGAUUCGCGCGCUUCGCCGCGCGGCACGCGCGCAGCAGCUUCGACUCGCCCCCCGAUCGGCCCGGCUGGUCGUGGUCGUCCGUCGCGCGGGCAGGCGCGGCCCUCUCGGCCGCCUUCCGCCACGGCCAGCUCGAGUACGUGUUUGUGAGCGCGCGGAAGCGACACUCUCCUCGCGACGCUGCGCACACGCUUGCGAGCUAA